AUGCUUACCGCCCAAACUGUAGCAUACAACAAAUGGCACGAAACCGAACUGGAGAGAUGGCUCGCCGAUCAUGACAUUCCCUAUCCGUCUCCUGCCGACCGCAGGGACCUCGAAUCUUUGGUCAAGACCAACUGGGAAACCAAGGUGCAGAAACCUCUUGGACAUGUGGUCGAUGAGACUUCCGAUCAGUGGCACAACACCAAAGAGUGGAUUUUCGAUACCUGGUCGGACUCUCAAAUCAAGGCUUUCCUUGACCGACAUGGCAUUCCUUGCCCCCAGCCCCGCCAGCGCGAUGUCCUCCUACAGACUGCUCGUGAGAACUACGAGACCGUUGCGAACAAACUUGGCGAGGCGGCCCAUUACCCAGGCAAUUGGCUGUAUGAACAUUGGACUCAAUCUGAUCUCAAAGAAUGGCUUGACGAGCGCGGCUGGCCGGUGCCCCAGCCCAGCACCCGUGAUAAGCUUGUCGCAUCGGUCCGUCGCAAUUCUAGACUUGCCAGCUUGCGUGCACGCAGCAUUGCUGCCUCUGCUGCCGCCUCCGCCGAAGCAGCCCAAGCUACAUUGAGUGAAGCUUUGUUCCAAGCCUGGUCUGACUCCGAGUUGAAGAAAUUCCUCGAUGAGCACGACGUCAAGGUACCCCAAGGCUCCCGACGCAAUGAACUCAUUGCUCUUGCCAGAAAGCAUCGCGCCCUGCUUGUCAGCCAGGCAUCUGCCGCUUCUGCCUCCGUUUCUUCGUCGGCUUCGGAUCUCUACGGAGCCGCAACCACCAAGGCCGGCAAUGAAUAUGCUAAAGCAACUGACGAUGCCGAUCUCAAGAAGCAGGAGGCAUUCGAUACUGCAGUAGAGACGUGGUCCGACUCGCGUCUGAAGGGCUUCUUGGAUGCUCGGGGUAUUCCUGUACCCCAAAGCAACAAGCGGGACGAACUACUUGCGAAGGUCAGACUACACAAGCACAAGGCUGCUACCGGUUACAAUGCCUGGACGUUUGACACCUGGACUACCGAGAAUCUGAAGAAAUAUCUGUCUUCAUUGAAUGACAAGGCGGCUCAACGUGCGGACAUCACUCGUGAUGAACUAGUGAAGCACGCCCAGGACACAUAUGCCAAAGCCUCAAAGUCUGGAGGCGCGAACUUCGCAUCUGCCACGUCCUACAUGGCGCAGGCCACCGAUUCUGCCAAGGACUCCUCUUUCGACACCUGGACUCAAUCGGACCUGAAGGCCUAUCUUGACUCGUACGGCAUUCCCGUCUACCAGGGCUCCAACAUCAAUGAGUUGCGUGCUGCGGCCCGUCGUCACGCGCAGUACUUCAAGUACGGAACCUCCACCCCUCAGGGCACCAUCUACGCCAAGCUGCAGGAUGCCACCAACUGGGUUCUGGACCAGAUCAAGAUUGGUGCAUCCAGCGGCCGGGCUCAGGGCCAGGAGGCCGCAGAGAAGGCCAAGGACAAGCUAUCCGAAGCCACCGAGGAAGUUAAGUCCGAGCGGUCCGAGCUUUAA